AUUGAAUUAUCGAUUAAUGUAUUGUUUGAUAAAACACUUGUACUGACCAGUGGUCACUCUAGCGGUCACUCUAGCGGUCACUCUAGCGGUCAAUCAAUUGCCAUCACUUUCACCAAAGAUUUUGAUUGUCAUCUAAAAUAACUAAAACUAUUGAUGAAAGAGUUAAUUGAAUGAAUGCACCAAAAGUAUAGAAAGGAUUUUUAAAAAAGGUAUUACUUAUAAAAGUAUCAAUGGAUUCAAGUGGUGAUGAUAUCGGUAAUAAUAAUGACCAGAAAGUGACCAAAAGGACUGACUAUAUCUCUUGGGAUGAGUACUUCAUGUCAGUGGCUUAUCUGUCGGCUAUGAGAAGCAAAGACCCGAGCAGUCAGAUCGGUGCGUGUAUUGUCAACAACGACAAUAAGAUUGUUGGUAUCGGCUAUAAUGGUAUGCCUAUUGGUUGCAGUGAUGACCUCUUGCCGUGGAAUCGCAUCGCCGACAAUGUAUUGGACACAAAAUACCCGUAUGUUUGUCACGCAGAGCUCAACGCCAUUCUCAACAAGAAUAGCUCGGAUGUGAAGAACUGUACAAUUUUUGUCGGUCUCUUCCCGUGCAAUGAAUGCGCAAAACUGAUCAUUCAAUCGGGUAUUAAACGUGUGGUCUAUAUGUCUGACAAAUAUAAAGACAAACCAGAAUUUGUUGCCUCAAAACGUUUGCUUCAAAUGACAAACAUUGAGAUCAAACAAUUCAUUACAAAUAAAACACAAAUUGUUAUCGAUUUAAAUCAAUUGAACGCCUAA